UGGGCUAUGGGGAAGGUGAGGGGGGCCAGGAUGACGGGUAUAAAUAGAAUUGGUGUUAGUAAUAGGGGUAAGGCGGCCCUCUCAAGAGUUGCGCAGCCAAACCAUACCAUGGAAUCCAUUACGCGCCCCCUCUUUUCUCCAUGAUAUUCUAUUGACAGGGCGCGGUGUGGCUGGCAAAGGACCUGUGCUUGAAGUGUGAGACGCCAGAAUGUGGAUCAGAGGGUGCAAGAUGCGAUUUUUGAUCAAUUUUUAGCAAGUUAUAGAAGUGAAGAUCAUGUUUUGCCUUCGCAGUCGCGCCAACCUUCCCGGAUCGUCCAUAUUUCGGUUGGCCAGCCUGGUGACAGCAUGAGCGAUCUGCCCACCACUCCGUUUGAAGUAGACUUAAUCCUGGGUAGUCAGUUCCUGCCUGCACUGGCCACUGUCGACCGGGAGAACGGAGAACCAGUGGCCCGGGUUGGAGUAUUGCAGUGUCGCAGGUGCAAUGCAAGCUUCUUACAGGUGAGGGAGGCACUGUCCCACUACCGCCUUCACAUCUUUGAGACACAUAAGGAGCACUUCACAGUGGUGGUUGGAGGCACCUGUCCACUCCCAGGCUGCAUCCUUGGCGCCAAGAAGAUCCCCACCAUACACUUCCACUGCUCUUACUGCUGCUUCAUGUCCACUGAGAUCAUGGACCUGCCGCUGCACAUGGAGAAGCGUCACCUGGCAUUCUACAGGGAGGUGAGCCUGGUCCUGCGUGGUGACGACAUCCAGCGCACCAAGGUGUACACGUGUGGCGAGUGUGGCACCAAGAUCCAAGGCACCGUGUCCAUCGUGCGGCAUCUCCUGGCACACGACACAGACCAGCAAAAGCCUGGCAUGGCACUCAUGAAUGGCACUGGCGAUGGCGGUGGGCAGGCGCUGCUGAAUGGAGACGGGAAAUGUGACAGUGACAGCGGCGGUGGUAGCAGUAAGGAAGGAAAUGCAUUCUCGGAGCACUUGUUAGCUGGGGAAAAUGGCAUUGUGAAUGGGUACGAGGAGAAGAAACCAGUGGAGAACGGCCUGAGCGUCAAGGAGGAGAGUGUGGACGUGCACUUCAUGCGUAGUCUGCAGGGCAUGGAUGGGGUGCUGGGCAUGGGGCACCACUACCACAGCGAGGGGGAGAUGGGAGACGGGGAGCCCAUGGACAUUGCCUCAGACAGCCAGCCAUACCUCCACAGUCCCUUGGAGAGUGUGCAGGUGGAAAUCAACCCUCUGGACAUCCUCACCACUGUCAUGGAGGAGGACCAGAAGAGCACCAACCCUGUCUUCCCACCAGAGCACUUCCUCCUGACGUUACCAGCCCCUGCACACUUCCUGGAGGGGUCGGGCGAGGCAGGGGUGCAGGAGGAGGUGACGGAGGGGACGCCAGAAGCACAGGAGCAGGAUGAGGAUGCAGGGAGCACGGAAGGAUACUCGGAUGUCCCCAGCGAUAUCCUACUGGACCAUCCGGGGGUGUACAACUGUGACCGCUGUGAGGAGACCUUCCGGUACCAACACCAGCUGGUCACACACAAACACCAGGUUCAUCAGGCACUUGAGGCCCAGUUUGAGUGCCAGGUGUGUGGACUGGAGUUCCUGAUGGUGCAGGAGUUAAAGAGACACAUGAUGACACACUCAGGGGGCAGCGUCUUCUCCUGCAGCGUGUGUGGCCAGACCUUCCCUGACCGGCCGGCACUGAAGGCACACACUGUCACUCACGGGGGGUCCACGGAGCGCUCCAACAAGUGUGAGUCAUGUGGCGUGGAGUUCCCAUCCAAGUCUGAACUGACGCGACACAUUGUUAAGUACCAGGGAACAUGCAACCCCAACAAGAGUGAGGGUGUUCGUUGUGCCACAUGUGGGGAGGACCUGCCCACCCUGGAGGCCCUGAAGGUGCACCGCAGGACAGCACACCCCACCCCUGAGGUCACCCAGGGGUCUGGCAAGAAGGGCUUUGAGUGUGACUACUGCGGGAAGACUUUCAACUGUCGCUCCAACCUUCGUGAUCACUUGGUGGUGCACACAGGGGAGAAGCCAUACCCAUGUGAUAUCUGUGGCAAGUCAUUCAGCUUCAUCCACAACAUGAAGACCCACCGGCUGACUCACAAUGAGGGGCGGAACGAAGUGUGUCCAUACUGUGACAAGGCGUACAAGAGCAAGAUCUCCCUCUACUACCACAUGAAGAAGGGCAACUGCAAGGGGCUCUCCACAAAAGAGGUGCCAGAGGGAUACCACAGAUGCACUGAGUGUCUGCAGAUGUUUGCCAGUGAGGACCGGUACAAGAGCCACAAGGAGAAGGGCCACUGCCAGGUCUCGCAUCGUUGCCAGCACUGUGGCCUGAGGUGCUCGACGGAAGCCAGGCUGCAGAACCACCUGCAAAAGGGCCUGUGUCUUAAGAAGGAAUCCUCAGGAGGCAGCUCUGAUCCCCCACCAAAGCGUCGCCGUGCUCCGAACAAGGAACGCGAGAAGCCGCAGGAGGAGAUUGUAUGUGACCGCUGCAACUACACCAAGGACUGCUGCUGCACCUUCUCCUGCAAGCACUGUGGCAAGCGAGUCUUCUCCAUCAUGGCCUACACGAUGCACCAGGACAAAACCUGCUCUGUUCUCAAGCAGCGGCGGGAACGAAUCCGCAUGGCCAUCAUGGAAAAGAGGCGACGGAGGGAGGACCCAAGCCUUCCUCCCUUACCUGACUUGCCUCCUCUGCCCGAGACACCAGUGCACAAUUCUGGCCGGUACACGUCACACAGAAAACUGCUAAUGCUUGACCACAGAAGACCCACAAAGACUGAGAAAACCACACCAGCAAAGGAGAAGAAAGUGGUGGUCAAGGAAGAACCAAGGGAGGUGAAGGAAGAGGCAGUCACACCUCCCAUCACCACCACACCCAUCACCACCCCUAUCACCACUCCCAUCACCACACAGGGGGAUGGCGAGGGCGACGACAGCAGCUCAGGGAGUCUCACGGAUCUCUCCACCUUCACCUCACCAAACAUCCUGCAGCCGGUCACCAACACCAGCGAGUGAGGUGCCGGCCUGCAGUGCCCCUCGUGAACCUGGCACUGCCCCCCUUACCUGCUUGGUCAGAGUAGGUUGUGAGCUGAGCCUACACCUGCUGGAUAGGCUUGCUUCGUACUCAGUAAUCGUACCUGACUUUCCCUACGUGCCAAAGAAAGGCUAGUGUUGAUGGCGGUGGUGGACGAAGAGACAGAGGAAGAGGAAGGAAAAAAGACUCCUCAUGUUGAAUUUCCACAUGACAGACAGUUCCAGGACCUGAGGGCAGAAGGAGAGGCAGUGGAGAUGGAUGAGUGGAGUGUGAAGAGAUGAGGAGAGAGAUAGGGAGGGAAAGGAAGAGGUGUUGGCAGAGGCAGAGAUAGUGGGGAUGGACCAGUGGAUUGUAAAGAGACAAGGAGGGGAACAGAGAGAAAGGAGAAGAGGAGGAGGAGGUCUGUUAAUAAAAGGAGAGCUGUGUCACCUCUCUGUCACACAUAUCCAGCAAGGAAAAGCAUUGUCUUGCACCAGUUUAGUGAGUGUUUCCUCCUCUGCUUGUGAUAGUAAAUUUAAGCUCAGACACGAAGGAAAGGCAAAGUCACAAGACUAGCCGACUGGUGGAACACUUGACGCACGAGUGAUUGACAGACGUACCAUGUGGGUCCCCUCUGUGCAAAUGGAAGGGGGUUUUAUCUCUGUUUUUUUAGCAUUAUUUAUACCAGAGGGGUGUGGCAGCGUAGGCUUGGGUUUUUGUGCGGUCCAACUCAAAUGCAUGACUCGAAAUACAGUGGUGGUGGUGGUCAGUGAGGAGUGUUGCAUGAUUGUGAAUGUUUUUUUCUGUGGCAAGAAGGAAAGUGUUCUGCAUUGCAUUGCAUUUGAAGUCUUCCUGAUGCCUCGGUGAAAGACGCUUUGUCAACCAAGAAUGAAAAAGGCUUAACUUUUUGCCACAACUUUGAAUGAACUAAUUACUGGGAUUGAGGUGAAGGUGGAGUUCAGGAGUAAACUUAUGAGAACUGAUGUUACUUACAGGGUUUAAGUGACACAGUGAAAAGUUGGUUCAUAAUGCUAAUGUACUUGUAAAGUAAUCACCUUUUUUACAGGAUGGAUGUGUGUGUGUGUGUGUGUGUGUGUGUGUGUGUGUGUGUGUGUGUGUGUGAGAGAGAGAAUUAAUUGAACUGUAUGAGUUAAGAUGAACAAACAGACAGACAACAGGAUGAAUAACAACCAUGGCAAUGCGUCAGGAAAACAAACAAAGUAACAAUUGACAAUACACCCUCAUAAAAAAAAUAAAAUAAAAUGGUAAAAGGAAAAAAAAAAAGAAAACGACAAGCGACAUUUUAAAUGUAAACACUCAGGAAGAUUUUUGUUGUGUUUUCUUGAACGUAAACUGUCAUUUCUUUUCUCUCUGGGAGCGUUAAUUUAAUGUCAGCUGCUUACGCCGAUUUCCGUCUGUUGGCUUGCCAGGGAAUGCGUUGUGGGUUGCGUUUGACGACAGUUGCGUUCCGUCGCGUUCCGUUCCGUUCCUUUCCGUUUCACCUUGACCUGACUCACAAGACAACGUUGAUUUUGUAUGACUUAAAAUUUGAACAUGCUGGCAAUCCUUAGAAGAUUGUUUGUGUAUGAUUUUGGUGUUAUUAUUAUGAUCAUUACUAUUAUUGUUUUUUUACGUCUGUUAAACAGUUAAGGUAUAAUUUAUAAGCUAUUUAUGUAUUUAGUUUACGUAACACUUAACGCCGGCAUAUAAGAUGCAGUCUUACCCUCGUGUAUCUGUUUCACAGUAUACUAAACCGAUGCUCCAAGAAAUAUAAAAAAAUAUAUAAAAUCUUCAUCCUUACAUCUUUUGCCUCCUUGAUAGAUUUAACUCUCUCUCUCUCUCUCUCUCUCUCUCUCUCUCUCUCUCUCUCUCUCUCUCUCUCUCUCUCUCUCUCUCUCUCUCUCUCUCUCUCUCUCUCUCUCUCUCUCUCUCUCUCUCUCUCUCUCUCUCUCUCUCUCUCUCUCUCUCUCUCUCUCUCUCUCUCUCUCUCUCUCUCUCUCUCUCUCUCUCUCUCUCUCUCUCUCUCUCUCUCUCUCUCAGUCUGUACACCAGGCAAACAUACUUCUGUCUUCCACUGCUAUUAUGGUGCAUGUUUUCUCAAUUACUAACUUCUUUUCAGACAUCUCUCUUGUUCCACCACCACCUCCAAACAUUGUACUACCUGGAAAGUGCAAAAUCUAUUAUCUCAUCCCCUUCUUUGUUGUAGAUGCUUCUAAAGAUUCCAUACAUUGCCUUUUGUGUUAGGAAUUGUUGCAUACGAAAGAGUUUAAGAAGGAAAGUUUAAAGUUAACUAUAGUAUCCAAUUUGUACCCUUGAUGUUAAUUUUAAUUUAGCCCUUAUUCUUUUGUUUUAUUAAGAGAUGCAGCUCUCUUUCUCUAGAUCUAUAUACCAGGCGUGCUUAAUGUGACCAGAGAGGAGAAGCGCCUAUGAGUUAUUAUAGUGUUCAUUUUACACCUUCAAUGAAUAUAACUUUCAUCCUUGAUAGAUAUAGCCUUUUCUCUUCAUCUGUAUACCAGUCCUGUAUAAAUACCACAAGGAAAAAAAGUAAGAGUUAACCAUAUCCAUUUUGUGCCUUUAUUCACAGUAAUGAUCUAUUUGUAUCUAUUGUACUUACCCAAAACGAGAAAAAAAAGGCUUGAAAAUCUGAUUAAAGUUGCCAUUUAAGCUGAUCUUUUAGUGAGGAUAACUAUCAGCAUAAGUCUGUCUGUCUGUUACUUGCCAGACCUGUACAACCAAGAGAGAGGGGUAGAAAAAAAUGGUAAUUUAUAAUGAAGCUGCCUUUUUUGUACGUCAGCUGAUCUUUUGCAAUCUUUCUUUUAUAUUCUAGACCAACACAUCCCUAAAGGUUUGAUGUGAAUAAGUAUCUGCCUUUAUUUAUCAAUCUAUCUAUCUAUUCAAAGCUUUCAUAUCUUUGUUUUAUAUUCUUGACCCACAUACCCUUUGCAUAUCUUCCUCCCCCCCAGUUGAUCUUUUGCAUUGCUUUAUAUUCUUACACACACACACACACACACACACACACACACACACACACACACACACACACACACACACACACACACACACACACACACACACACACACACACACACACCCCUAAACCUUUGAUGUAAACUGCUAUCUACAUCUUUACUUAUCAAUCUGUCUAUCUCUAUUCAAAGCCUGCAUGUCUUCCCCUUCAGCUGAUCUUUUGCAGUUUGUUUUAUAUUGACCCUUGUGUCCCUAAACCUUUAAUGUAAAUUGCUAUCUACUUCUAUAUCUAUCAAUCAAUCUAUCUCUAUUCAAAGUGUGCAUAACCCUCUCAUGAAAAAAGGAAAGAACAUGAAAAAAAUUUAUCUCUACAUUUUUAGCAUUAAAAUAAAUGCUGUAAAAAUAUUUAAAAAAUAAUGAUAAUGAUAAUAAGUACAUCUUAUAUACCGGCAAUCUGGGUAUUUAUUUAUUUAUUUAUUAUUGUGAAUCUACUACUACUUCAGGCUAAGAGUGCACAAUAGUGUUAGUAAUAAUGGUAUCUCUUGGGCUUUUUUUUUUUUUUUAUAUAUAUAUAAUUUUCACCCUGUGGCAAUGUGAGUCAGUGAGUGUGUGUGUGUGUGUGUGUAUGUGUGUGUUAAAGAAAAUAGUCAGGGGCAUGGAGUCAUUCUUUCCUUGCUAAUUUUCGCUGUGAUAGCCAAAAAAUAAAAAUAAAUAAAUAAAUGAAAAAAAAGUUGGGCUCGUCUAGGCACAAGGGCACAAAAUGAGAUCACAAGGGUAGGUGGGGAUGCAACUGAUUCACUCGUCUCUAACACUCCUGCAGCUGUAUACGAUAGUUUGCUAGUACGUAACCUGUAUUGUGAGAGGGGCAUUUGUACACUGAGAAGCACAGGGAGAGGUUUGCUUAGGUUUUUGUAGAGGUGUGUUCAAGUCUCUAGGAGAUGAUGGAGGUCUGCUUAAGAGAAAGAAGAGGUGUGCUUUAAGGAGGAGAGAAGUCUUAGAGGAAAAAGGUGAUGUCUGCUUAGAAGAGAGCGAAAGUGUUCAAGUCAUAGAGGAGAAAGAAGAGGUCUACUUUGGAUAGAAGAGAGGGAAAGUGUAGUCUUGAAGGAGGAGAAAGAAAGUGUUUAAAGUUUAGAGAAGAAAGGAGAGGUCUGCUAUAAGAAGGAGAAAGGGGAAGUGUAAAGUCUUGGAGGAGGAAAAAGGGAGAAGAAAGAAAGUGUUUAAGGCUUAGAGAAGAAAAGAGAGGUCUGCUGUAGGGAGGAGAAAGGGCAAGUGUAAAGUCUUAGAGAGAAAGAAGGGAGGAGAAAGAAAGUGUUUAAAGCUUAGAGAAGAAAGGAGAGGUCUGCUGUAGGAAGUAGAAAGGAAAAGUGUAAAGUCUUGGAGGAGGAAGAGGUUUGGUCAAGUGUUUUAAGUGGAAGGCAGAUGUGUUUCAGUGUGGGAAGGAAUGAGAGGAAAUUUGCAUGUGGUGUGAGAAGGAAGAGGAUGAAUUUUCUUAGAGAAGGAAGAUGUAAUGAUGCUAACUCACCACAUCUGUGUCACCACUCGAUGCCUCUGUGCAAAGUGUCCAGUGCAAGACGCAGCAACACUGAUUCACUACAUCUCAUCACCAUAGAAUGAGUUAUGGAGUUUACAAAGCAAGACAACACUGGUGACUCACCACUAACUCACCACUACACCCAAUCACCACUCAGCAUUGAGUCACAGUAAACGUGGUUGUGAUGCGUAAUACUUAACUUGGCCCUUCGAUGGGACUCAUGGACACUGGAGGCACAUCAGGACUGAGAACGGAGGAUGUCUCAUUUGUGAUAGUGCGUCAGAAUGUGUGUCGUCCUGAGUGCGAGUCUUGUUCCACCUCGCCUCGACUUGAAGUGUGAUACGACAAACGCUCUCUCGAGAAUAUACCGUUUUGUAGCAUUUCCGUAGCGUUGGUACUGGACAGCCUGUGUUUCCUGCUGGGCAUUAUGUAAAGUUCCUUGGUUCACACAGCUGUUGUUGACGCCAUGUGGGAGUUCAUGACGUGGCAGGACUUUUGUGUGUGGACGGUGAAAAAUGGGUCUUUGUGGCGUCUUCCCCCAGGGUUGUGUCUUGAUUCUGAUAGUGUUUUAUAUGACAUUAAAUUCUUUGGUGUUUGUGUCGUCAGUUAUCACCAGGUUACUUUUGCAUCAAGGUCAGUGUUUGCCGUCUGCUUUGGAAACAUCACUUGUAUGGAGGAUAAAUAAAAGCAUUGCCAGGCUUGUGCGUGUUAGCAGCAGUGCACCACAAGCCUUGGGGAGGAACUCAAUAAGGAUACUUUCUACACUUUCCAAACACUUAAGUCUUUGUUCUUAAGUGUUUCAGGAUCUCUAUCUUGACUACUUUCAACAGGCUGUGGUAGACCUUGUUAGGGUUGACAAGGGUGUAUUUUGUGACUCCAGCGGUAGAUUAGUAGGCUUUGGUGGAUGUUGUUGGGAUUUUGAUGGGUGUUUUCAUGAUUCUAGUGAUAGUUUAAUGAGGAUUGUUCAGAGAAACACCCAUGAGAACCUGACUAACAUCUUUGUGGCCUUUGAAAGUAGUCCUAAUGAGAGAGCAAAGCAAUUCAGCCUUUUGUUUCAGUAGAAUUUUUUAAUUGGUCAUCAAGGUAAUGACAGAUUUCUUAAGCCUGAAAAAAAAACAAAAAACAGAUCAGUCACUCAAGCUUCCACUUUCACAAAAACACCAAAAGCCACUCCACAUGCAGACACAGCAAGCCGGUGCCGCAGCAUUUUGAUCCCUCGCCAUUUUGUGAGACUUUGUGAUACAAGACUGACUGAACACGAGACAGGACCGGAUGAGCGAGUCCCUUACCAAGCACAGUGUAUACUUUGACCGACAAACGCUGGACUAGUAAUAGUGCCAAAGCAGACACCAGUACGUAUGUAGAAGGCCAUCUCUCGUAGAACACUCACACAAUUAGCUGGUCAGGAGGCUGUAGUGAUAUUUGUAAUACCGUUUUGUUUAUCUUUUGGUAGCCGGCAGCACAGCAUAGGUGGCGAGGUACAUAUCACCAACCCAAGUGUUCAUGAAGUAGUGUUACAUAGUGUUACAUAGAGCAAGUUGUCACCGCCGCCGCCAACACUUUAUUACUGCUGUAUUCUCAAAUGUUUCACAGUCUCAUCUUGACUGCUUCCAACAGGCUGCAAUGGAAGUUACUGCAGGUUUUCAAGGGUGUCUUCUUGGCUUUACUGGUUGUUUUCCAGGAUCCAGUGGAAGUUACCGGAUGUCUUUUAUGAUUACGAUGAUUGUUUUCCGGACUGUAGUGGAAGUUGCUGCAGUUUUCAAGUGUUUUCAUGAUUCUAGUGAUUCCGGGAAAAGUUACUGGAUGUUUUCAAUGAUUACAGUGGUAGUUUCCUGGGCUCUAGUGGAAGUUAGUGGGAUUUGCAAGGGUGAUAGUUCAACAAAGAUUUCACAUUAGUAAGAAGAAAAACAGCCAUGACAACCUGACUGAUCAUCUGUGUGGCCUGUGAAAGCAGUCCUGAUGAGAAAAUGUUUCAGAAUACGGAUCUUAGUCUUCAGGGUAACGGCAAGGAAUUGAUGCAUAUCCAGGGUUGUCUGUGGGAGGCGUGCAGGCGACGCCACACUGUUUGUUGAGCUGGGAGUGGAAUGCGCUUACGAAUGAGUUACGUUACUUGAGUAAAGUUUGUAAAUAGGACCGUGUGUGAAUUCUUUUAAUGUUUUUAUUAUGUUUCACAGGACUUAACUUUUUAUUUAUUUACUUUUUUUUUUACAUGAUAAACUGAGGUCACAACAUCAUUAUUUUAUAUUUAUAUUCUUUAACUUAUUAAUUUUACCUUGUAGUAUCUUGAUUCUAUAUAUAUAAACUAAUUUAUUUACUUCCUUUUCACAUUUCUUCCUUAUGACACACUUAUUAACUUAUUAAUUUUACCUAGUUGUGUCUUUAUUCUACAUCUAAACUAAUUUAUUUGCUUUCUUUUCACAUUUCUUGAUGACACACUGAGGUCAUAACACAUAAUUACCUCCUAGUGAUAUCCACUUAUUUAUUCAUUUCUAUCAUGUUUUGCCUUGUUUCUAUAUCCAAACUUUUUAUUUUUUUAUAAGGUCACAUUACCUUCCAUUUAAAUUAUCAACCUCUUUUAUAUUUUGCUUAGAUUCUACACCCACUCACUUUUUUUUUUCUCACCAUAAUUCUAUCUUCUUUUCACAACUAAGUCCACAACACAUCAUCAUAGCUUUUACUUUUAUUAAUUAAUUUAUUUUUUACCAUUUGCUUAGAUUCUACAUCAACUUAUUUAUCUUUUUAGUAAUUUAUUGUUUUUUUUUUUUCCCCAUCAUUCCAUCUUUUCAUGACUAAGGCCACAACACAUCAUCACACCUGUUAUUUAUGAUCAGAAAUUUAUUGUAUCAUUGUAUCUAGUAUUUAUAUUCACAAAUUCAUUUUUCAUUCAGGUUUUGCUUAUAUUUCAUGAUACAUACUUCACCUUAUCCAUGACAAAUUAAUUAUUUCCAUUUAUGCUCCCAAACUCAUUAUCUUAAUAUUUUACAGUAUCCCACCUUUCCAUCACACACACACACACACACACACACACACACACACACACACUAAUAUUUCCAUUGCCAUUCCAUUUUUAUUUACAAACUCAUUUUUACCAUGUUUUAGCUUAAUGUCUUGCAGUACCCACAUCAUCUCUCAUACACUAAAGCCACACAAAACCUAUUUCUACCCCAUCUCUCUCUUAAUCACUUUUGCCAGGUUUAGUUUAUAUCUUGUACCAUCCCACCUUUCCUCAAUUUCAUAACCUAUUUCUAUUCACACAUUAUCCCACAUUAUCUCUCACAUUAAAGCUUCACACACAAAACCUACUUCUACUCCAUCUCUUCAAUUUUGCACCAUUCCACCUUCCUUUAAACACACAAAAGCCCACACCAUUUCAUAACCUCCUAUUCCUAUUCACACAUUCAUUUUUUGACCAAAGCCCUCAUGAAACUUUUCCUCUUGUUCUUGUUUCACAGAGACUUCCCUUGUGAGUGUGACUGAGAGUUGCACUGCACACCUUUGGCUUUAAUUUAUAUGCAUUUCUGAGGUGCUGGAAGUGUUAUGUAGUAUGCAUGCGAGAGUAAGAGAGAAUGAGAGAGAGAGAAGGGCGUACAACUCUCUUAACUAGACUAAGCUCAUCUGAUCCGUCUAAAACAAGAGGACUUACCCCGAACAAUCGCUCACAGCAAUAAAUGUCACUGUUAUAGCCAUGUUUCUGUAAUAAA